UCAUCAGUAUCUAACCGUCUUUCCACGAGACCGGCGACCUGUGCACCGACCAACCACUUGUUGUCGGGUACGUACCGCACGCACGAUACCUGCCUAAGUCGAUUGUCUCAGCAUCGCCUACUCGAUUGCCGGACCACCGAUAUCGCCGUCGACCACAGUAAACUUUUAGUUAAUUUGUUUUCUUAUCCGCGAGACUCUGUCGUCGUCGUCAUCUCAGACGCUGUUUCUUGCACCGGAGCACAUGCCGCACGCGGACACCCGACGGUGACUUACACAUCACAACCGUAUACAAUAUUAUAUCAUACGAUAUAAUUAUAAAUCAACGAAUUCACGGGCACUGGAUUUCUUGAGUAUUGACACAACUUGACCACCUGCCUGCAGCCUGCCCGUCAACGGCGUCCGUACGAGUUUUCCCGGCUCAGCGUACGACCGGGUACACCACCGGCAUGGUUUCCCGACACAUGUUUGGUGAAAAUGACUAAAUCGUGUCCAUCGUCCACCGCAUAUUCAAAAAAACUUAUUCAUUAACUCAUAUAACAAUCCACAGAUCAAAAUGCACAAGAAACAUAUCAAAAACCUAGAUUAUUUUGGGCUACUAUGCCUUAUGGUAUGUAUUUGCAUAAGCGAAUCAAAGGCUCAAUGUCCAUGGCAAACAGAUCAAUCAUCCGCAGAACUGCAGUCAUCCUGUAUAUGUUCUACAAAUAUGGCACAAGAAUUAUCUGUACAGUGUGAUCUUGUGAAUUAUGAAGUGUUAAUGCAAACACUCGAUAAAUAUUCACAGGGAACACUGGACUUACUUUAUAUAAAUAAUAGCUCAGUUAAAACUAUUGAAGAUUCUAGUUUUGCCAAUCUUAAAAUUCACAACUUACAGUUAUCGGGCUGUCAAAUACAAACAAUAUCACCAACAGCGUUUAAAGGACUGGAGCUACAUUUAAGGCACUUAAGUCUACAAGACAAUAAAAUAGACGAAAUACCUAAUUUAGAAGGACUUAUUAACUUAACAUUAUUGGACCUUUCAAGAAAUCGAAUUUCAAGAGUACCAGAUGAUGUGUUUGCUUCAUUAAAAAAUUUACAAACAAUAAAAUUAGCAGAUAACAACCUCACGUUGUCUAAAAAUGCAUUUAGAGGUCUGGAAAAUAGUUUGAAGAAUUUAAAUCUAAAAGGAACAAAUCAAAAAUAUUUACCAGAGUGUAUAAGAAAUUUAAAAAAUUUGGCAUUUUUAGAUUUAGCUCAAAAUAUUUUAAGUGAAUUACCGGGAACUUCCGGACAUAUUUUUCAAGGAUUAGGAGCUUUGACAGCUCUCAACUUGGAAAGGAACGUAAUUCAAUCUUUGGGAGAGUUUACGUUUGAUGGUGUCAAAAAUACACUAAGUUCACUAAGUUUGCUCAAUAAUUUGCUCACUGAUUAUCCGACUAUAGCUAUAAGUAAACUACCAGAACUUAGAGUAUUAGACCUUGGUUUUAACCUCAUUAAAGAAAUACCAAAUGACGCGUUCCUAGCAAAUCCGUCUUUAACCUUACUAGCGUUAGAUGGAAAUCCUAUCGAAACUAUUCCUAAAAAAGCAUUUACCCAUCUGAACACUACAUUGCGCGGGCUAAGCUUAGGAGGACGAUACCUACAAUGCGAUUGCCGGAUCCGAUGGGUAAUAGAAUGGAUCAAAAACGGCGAUUUACAAGUGACCAGCAGAGAAAGAAAUCCGCAGUUUUGUGCUAGCCCAUCAUUUCUUAAGAAUAAACAUUUCUAUAAAAUUGAUCCUUCAGAAAUGGUAUGUGAUACCGAACAAAGUUCUUCUGAUGCGUCGGUGAUGUUAGAAUCUAUUAUAGAGGAAGAUGAUGUGGAUUCCCAACAUCCGAUUGGAACUGGUGUUGGAUAUGCUAGUCCUACAAUUGUUUCACCAGAGAUAUUUCCAACUUCAAAAAAUAAAUUUAAAAAGAAUCCUCCGAUAGCAGAAGUAGAAGUCGUGAAAAACACUAAUACAUCUGAGUUACUUGGAAUUAUUGAAACUACAAGAGCUAUUCCAUCGACUACGGAGAGCACAACGGUUGCAAUUGAAACAACAACAAAGUAUUUUGUACAAAACACUACAAAUUCUAAACCAAUGAGCACAAGUCGUAAACCCAAUUUAGUUAUAACACGACCACAGUCAGUACAGACGUCCCAGAAACCACCGCUAAUAUUAGGUAAUUACCCUAAAAAACAAGUUCAAGAAGUCAUCAUAAGGAGUGUUCAUAGACAAGAUAAUUCCGUUAUAAUUCAAUGGGAUUCCGAAACCGCAAAUAUCUUAGGAUUCCGAGUUGUAUAUAGGCUUUUUGGCGACCGCACUUUCAAGCAGGGGCCACCUCUCGAAACCAGUGAACGAGAGUUUAAAAUUAAAAACGUACCAUACCAGGAAUGCAUCAUCGUGUGCGUCAUUUCUCUGGAGGAAAUAACCAUCACGCCGGACACGGUGCCGUACAGCCAGUGCCGGGAAAUACGGACAGCGGUCACGAUGACGAGCAACAUGGACAGGAUAACGAUUGCGGCGAGCGCAGCCAUAUGCGGCACGGUGUUGAUCGCCGUCGUCGUGUUCAUUGCGGCGAGCAAACGUCGCGCCAAAAAGCUGCAAACGUUGCACAACUCGGUGGCGUCCUGCCAUCCAAACAAAUCCGGCAUCCCGGUCGGCACCUUGCCGGCCAGCUGCUACGCCGGACCAAACGCGGCCCAGAUGUCCUCGCUGGCCGCCCUAAAUGCGUUCAACAGCCACAAGGAUUGGGACCAGGGUUCGGUGUACAGCAAUCGGAGUCUUAACCCGUCCCGCAUGUAUCGAGUGGCCGAUAGCCGACAAGGACUGAACGAAGAUCUACACUCGAACAUUUCAAACUUCAGUGCGAAACCGCCGAAAAUGCGUUCGGUGGCCGACGGCCAGUCGCAGAACAGUUUCUCGAACAACUCGAUGAGGUAUUUGGGCGGAAACAACGCAUACGCGUCCGAUCUGGUCAACUCCAGACCCGAACUGAGGCAGUCGCGACAGUCGUUGGCCGUCUCCGAGAGGAUGUCGCACAUCAGUUAUCCGGGCAGUGGCCGCACGAACACGUCCCGCAACAAGCCCAGGCAACGUUCCAGGACCAGAGAGGGAACGCAAAACCGACCGCCCAGCAGGUACAGCCACACCGGUUCCCAUCACACGCUCAACAAUUAUUGCGGCGGAGACACGUCGGACAAUUGGACCGAUCACGACAUGGACAUAUACAUGACCAGAAAUCCGACAGCCAGAAACGGUCUUGUGCCACUAUAGAAUGUUAUUGUAAUAUUAUAUAAUAUAAUAAUAAUAAUUAUAAUUAUUAUUAUUAUUAUUAUUAUUAUUAUUAGCCAUUAGAUUUACGGAUACGCGUAUAUAUGAUACACACUAUAAUAUACAUAGUAGGUAUAUGCAUACAAUCCGCACUUGGAGCUCAACUGAAAUUUAUUUAUUUGUAGCGUUUAUUUUAUGCAAUUAUGACAACACGCAGCGUUAUAAAUAUAUAUGAUAAUAUUAUUACUACGUAUUUACAUGUCCGUUUGAGUAAUAAUAAAUUAGACUUAAGACGAUAGUAGUCGUCUGUAGAAUUUCGAUUACGUAUAUAAGUAGUUAAUUUCUUCAGAAUAUUAAGUAAAUAACUAUUUACGUACAUAUUACAUUUAAGUGAUUUAUCACUGUUCACUGUUCUAUAUUUUUUCUGUAUUAUUAUAAUUUAUAAGUACAAAUAACAGAAUAUUGUAUACCUAUUUUUAUAUUCACGGUAAUAAGUAGCAGAACAAUAUUAUAACUUAAUCAUUUUCCCAACGUAUAUCAUUAAAUUGUAAAUAAAAAUAAUUAUUGUUUCAUGCCAAGUAGGUUGGUACCCACCUAAUAUAUACAUUGUUCUAAGUAGGUACCUACCUUAUACAGAUUCAUCUUAACUAAUAAUAUCUGAAAUCUAAAAAUAUGCUUAUAUUCAUUUAAAAUAACGAAUAGGUAUAGUUAGUAAUAUUUUUUUAUAUUAUUAUAAUUUGAUUUUUGAUUUUUUAACUUUUAAGUAAUAUUAUAGAGGUACUACUAUGAUUAUAUCGAGUUAUGUCCUACCUCACCACACAACUCGUGUACCUACAACAAUAAACAUAGGAAUUUUAAUAUUAAAUAAUAAUUUUUAAUUUUUAAUCAAAUUUAUUAUUAAUUGUUGUUCAAUCUAUUUACGUUUAUAAUUACUGUGAAAAUAUUAGAAAUUGACAAUUAAUUAAUAAAGUUGUAUUCAUUUAUUGUCAAUUUUUAUGUAGUAAAUUCUAUAAUAUUAAAUAGUAUUCAAUAAAUAAUUGUAUAUAAAGUAUUAUGUAAUUAUUCGAUUAAAAUCAGUUAUAUAUAAGUAUAUAUAUAUAGAUAAAUAUUAAGUAUACAGUAUUAUAAGUUCAAUACAUUUUAAAUUAUUAAACCAUUUGAUACAUGCCAAGUUGUAUUCGAUAUUUUUUUAAAAAAACAUAAAAAUAGUGUUUAGGUACUUCGUACUUAUGCAUUCAAACACAAAUCGCUAUUCGCUUGUAGACCUCGUUCAAAAUACCAAAUGUAAAAACGAAAAUUAUUCAAGUUCAUAUUUCGUUUGAAUCAUCAAUCAAACUAUUUUGAAUUUAGUUCAUAUUAUUGAUAAAUUUUACCUUUAUAAUAGGAAAUUAAUUUGCAAGUUCAUAAUAUAUUAUAUUAUACAUUAACAUUAUACAGAUAUGACUAUACAAGUAUAAUUAAAUAAAUGUUUAUCAUCAAUUAUUGGUUUUUGUUAUAACUUUUAAAUAUUUUUCAUUUUGGUUUUCAUACCAUCAUAAGUCAUAACUUAUGAUCAUACUUGCAGAUAACAUAAUAUUUGUAUUUUGUACUGAAUUAAGGUUAAUUUAAUUGUAAUUAAGUAUUAAAAUAAUGAUAAGUAAAAUCAUUGAUUAUAAAUACUAUAGUCUUCAUAAUCAAUGGUAAAAGUUACAAAUGCCCAAUGUAUAUAUUUUCACAUCGUGUACUUUUGUAUGUUCAAAUUUAUUCAUAUUAAUUAGACGGUCAAUAUCAUUCAUAUAAUUCAAUAAUUGUAAAAGAUCAAAUUCGAAUUCGUUGACCUAUAGGCUAUAGGUAUAAACAAUGAUGUGGUCUUCAAAAGAUUGACAUAGAAUAAAAAUUAAGAAAUUCAAAUUUUACUUUAAUAUUAAUUAUAAUAAUUAAAUUAAUUAAAUGAGUUAAAAUUGUAA